CUAAUAUUUUAGUUUCUAGGUUAUGUUUGUUUAAGAUUUUAACUUGAUUUACGAAUUUUUUUACACCGCAACCGUGUAAAUACUAGAACGUGAAGUGAAGCGGCUACAGAUUUAGGGACAUACUUUUAUUAUCAAUGUCAUUAUAGUAAAUAAUGAUGUAUGCAAUCAUGAUCUAUUUUGAGAUUAAAAUAUUUCAAAUGGAUUGCGGCCAAAGGUUAAAUUGUGAAUGAUUUUGGUAUGAGUUAAUAGUCUAUUUGGUUUAGGGCGACCCUCCCCCGAGUGUUGUGUUUGAUAUGGAUGAGUUUAAGAAUAGAGCUGGUGAAAAAUUCGGAGCGUUACAUGAUGCCGCACUGUCAGCUGCAAACAAUGGAAAAAAUAAACUGGAAAGUGUGGUCCAACAAACGGCUGAGGCACUAGCAAAGAUUCGCGAAAUAAUCCAAGACGUUUGGCAAAACGAGCUAGUACUGGAGGGGCGGGAGAGGGCGGUGGCCUGGGGGCGCGAGGCCGCCAAGCGGAUACGGGAGGGCGCUCCGCCCCUGUCGCCAGUUGUGUUGUACCAGGAGCUAGUUACUCUGUUGAAGGAUAGAGUAUGGCGCCGCAGCAUUAUAAUAUUUGCGUGCGGGGCCGUAUUGGGUGGAAGCGCUGGUAUCGUCGUAGGGCUCCGGGCAGCAAACAGAGGCCCUGCGGGGCCCCACGCUAGAGCCCUUCAGACACAGCCCGAUCAGAGUGUCAUACUUGUUGAGGAUGCUGUGUCACAUGGUGCGGGUCCUGGAGAGGUGUUAGUGCGGGUGCAAGCGUUUAGUGUGUGCGCGGCCGACCGCGGUGUGUUGCGUGGCAGGGCGUCCGCUUUGCGUUCGCUUAUCACGAGGUCACAUGUCACCGUGGGGAGGGGGUUUGCAGGCGUAGUACUCGACGUUGGUCAUGGGGUGACUCAGUUCGAAAUGGGGGAUGAAGUGUGGGGCUGCCUCAGCGAGUGGAGUGGGGGGGCGGCUACUGAGCUGCUGGCGGUUAGGAGCACACGCAUCAGCAAGCGGCCGCGCACGCUCGGCGCGGACUCGGCCGCGUCGCUGCCGUGGGGCGGCUCGCUCGCGCUGUGCGCGCUGCACCGGCUCGGCUACACGCCGGACACUUGCAAGGGGAAACGGGUGCUAGUGGCCGGUGCGGCGAGCGGAGAGGGCUGCGCGCUGGUGCAGCUGCUGAGCUCGUGGGGCGCGCGCCCCACCGCCGCCGCGCCGCGGCACACCAGGAACACGCUGCGGAACCUCGGCGCCUCCGAGUUCAUAGAGCUCGAAGGCAGUAACGAGCACGUGGCUGCGUCGUGGCUGGUGGUGGAACAGCACGUGGGCCGCUCGGGGCCCUGGGACGCCGCCCUAGCCUGCACUGGGGCCCCGCCGGAGAGGCCCCCGCAUUAUACGCUACUGAAGGCCACCGCCCCCCGCAGUGCUGUGGUGGAGCUCCGCCCUCGGGCUCUGAUAACGGACCGACUUGUGACGCCUCUCUGGAUCAUGUAUUCCGCCACUGUUUACACCUUCAACAUAUUGAGGUGGGUGACAGGCAGCGGUUGGCAUUGGGACUGGUUGGAGGAAGAUCACCAGAUGUCGAGCGGGCUGGACGCGCUGCGACACCUGGUGGAGGGGGGGCAGUUGGCGCCGGUGCUGGAUAAGGUGUACUUCCCGCAAGAUUUCGAGGCUGCGCUUGCGCACGCGUGCAGCGACGAAGCUGUUGGAACAACUGUUAUACGGUUCCCAUAGUUGAUAAAAUGUUAAUCGUUCCUUCUACUAUCGUAAUUGGCAAGUAUUCGCACGUUUACGUACGGACUUCAUUCAUUUUAUGUUUAUGUGUAUGUACACAACAAAUUGUUAUAUGUAUGCAUUAAUAUUUAUUUUUUUUUAUAAAACGCAAGUUUGUCGUUAUAUAUA